UAACGUUAAGUAUUGAAAUCAAUGAACGAAUAAUUUGUAUUAAAUACAUAAUUUGUAUGGUUUAUAACCGAUCGCCAAAGCAAAGAAAGUGGAACGAUUACAAGCAAAUUCUACUGCGGCUAGAGUACAAUAAACACAUUUUCCUUCAUCUGUAAGAAAGUGGAAUACAUUCUGUAUUUUAUUUACCGUGAGGUUAAUUCUUUAAACGUUCGGUAUCAUGGAUGCGUGGAGGCGUGCACGUCGAAGGAGUAUAAUACUAAUGUUACUAAUGGACGCUGAGCUGCGUUUAAACCAGCAAAGAGUUGCUCUAAGAGAGCAGAGAUUGAUAAAGAAACGAAAGCUGUGGGUUAGGCCGAUAUUUAUGAACAGGAUGCAACAAGGCAAUUGGAAUCGUCUCAUCGAAGAGAUGCAGCUAUGGGAUUGCGAAACGUUUUUUAAUAACAUGCGAAUGACGCCUCAAACGUUUAGUACUCUUCUCACCAAAGUCGGACCAAAAAUUGAACGCCAGUCGACAAAUUUUAGAGAGACAAUUCCUGCAGCUGCCCGAUUAGCACUCACGAUUCGUUACUUGGCUACUGGCGAUACGAUUACAUCAAUUGCACUGUCCUACCGUAUUGGAAGAAGUACCGCGGUGGCAAUUAUUCCCACUGUUUGCGAGGCGAUUUGGAACGCCCUCGAAGAAGAGAUGUUACAACCAUCGGAGGAACAUUGGCUUCAAGUUAGCGAUGAAUUUGAGGAGAAAUGGAACUUCCCUCACUGCAUCGGAGCUCUCGAUGCAAAGCACGUUGUAAACACAUUUCCACAACAUGCCAGUUCUGAUGCCGACAAUCAUAAAAGUCAACACAACAUUAUUCUAAUGGCAUUAGUUUCCGCCAGCUACAAAUUUCUGAUUGUCGACAUUAACACCCAGGAGAGGGAUAGCGAUGUAGACAUUUUUGGAAACUCCCAAAUGGGCCAGAUCUUUUAUAACAGUGAAAUGAAUUUGCCAGAACCGUCACCCUUGAGUGAGAUUUACUCUGAAAAGAUGCCCUAUUGUAUGGUAGCGGAUGAAAACUUUGAUUUAACUGAAUUCUGCCUGCGACCAUACACUGGAAGAAGUCUAAGAGAAGAGGAACGGAUUUUUAAUCACCGUCUGAGUCGUGCUCGACAAGUUACAGAGAAUGCUUUCGGUGUUCUUGCUUCACGCUGGAGAAUUUUUGGAAAACCCAUGAAUACGUCUUUAUCGACGACCCAGAAAAUUAUGAAAGCUACCGUCUGUCUGCAUAAUUUUUUAAUGCCACAUGAUGUAUACUGCGGGCAAGAUUACGUUGAUCAAAUAAUUAAAACAGGGGAAGUUAUCGAGGGAGGUUGGAGGCAAUAUCUGGAUGGGAACGGAGCAUUUCAGGACAUUACGGUUAUAGGUGUGAAAAGUUAUUCCAGAUAUUCUGCUCACGUAAGAGACUAUUUUAUGCAUUACUUUAUGGAAGACGGAGCUGUACCGUGGCAUCAAAUUAUGUAGUAUUUAUUUUUAAUCCUGUAUAUUAUUGUGUAAUUAAAGAAUCUGUGUCGAUAAUUGUAUAUUUACAUGUAAUGAAUUCUAGGUUAUGACUUGUAUAUUAAAUGGUAAUCAUUCACAUCUUGAAAGAUGAAAUAAAAGGGACUAUUUAUAA